AAGGCUAGUAUACACUUAAAGUUGAUCUAGUCUUGUAAGUUUUUAUUAAAAAAAUAUCCCGUAGUAUUUGUGAUUUCCUAGGACAGUUGAUCAUGUUUUUACUUAAAAAACAAAGUCGCUGCAGUCAAACUGUCGAAGUUAGAGACCAAACAUUUGGAAAACUAGUAAAAAACUCUUAUGUGAAUUGUCACAUGAGCUGAAACAUUUCCAGUUAUUAUAGUUUAGAGUCACUGAGAAACAUGCUGCAAUGUACAUCUGGAACAAACACACUUUCAAAGAUUAGUUCAUGUUAACUUGAAUCAGCACAUGAUUGAUAGAACUUGUGUGUAUAAGGAGCUCAUGGGCAGGGAAGAACUACAGUAGAGAUCAUUUCAUGCACAGGACAACAUGAGGCUCUUUCUAGCUGUCUUUACACUUUUGCUCGCAGUUUACUGCAAGGGAGACCAAGUUCUUAGAAUCCACGCAGAAACAAAGAGCCACCUUGAGGUUUUAAACGAGUUGAAACAGAAGCGGGUACUGGAUUUCUGGACCCAUGGCAUCUCUACCGAUCUGCCUAUUGACGUCCGUGUGCCUCAUGUCAGUCUGUAUGCUGUCAAAAACUUGCUCACUGCAAACAAGAUCCCCUUCACAGUCAUGAUCAGCAAUGUGCAGGAACUUCUGGACAAGGAGAAAGCAGGGAUGGUAAGUAACGCAGCGAUGGAGCGCAAGACCAAGAACUUCGACUUUGCUGCCUAUCACACCCUGGAUGAAAUUUACAGUUGGAUGGACACUCUUGUUGCCAGUCACUCUAAAGUCGUGUCUAAAGUGCAGAUCGGCAACUCUUAUGAGAACCGCCCCAUGUAUGCCCUUAAGUUCAGCACAGGUGGAGAGAAAAAACCAGCGAUUUGGAUUGAUGCUGGAAUGCACUCCAGGGAGUGGAUUUCCCAUGCAACUGCAGUGUGGAUUGCCAACCAGAUUGCCACAGACUAUGCAAAUAACCGUGCCCCUGUGCCAAAAAUCCUUGGUUUAAUGGACAUCUACCUGUUGAUUGUGGCUAACCCUGAUGGAUAUUUCUUCACCCACAAGUCCUCAUCCUCAUUUUAUCGCUUGUGGCGUAAAAACCGUUCUGUGACCUCUGACCCCAAAUGCUUUGGAGUUGACCUCAAUCGGAACUGGGAUGCAGCAUUUGGUGGCCCCGGAGCCAGUGAUAACCCCUGUGACGAAGACUAUCGCGGCCCUUCUGCUAAUUCUGAGAUUGAAGUGAAAAAUAUGGCGAACUUGAUUGAGAGUCACGGCAACUUUAAAUCUUUCAUUAGCCUACACUCGUACAAACAGCUUCUGAUGUAUCCCUACAGUUACACUGGAACAAACCCUCCCGACCAGACUGAACUUCACAGUAUCGCCGUAGCUGCAAGCAAUGCUCUCAGCUCCUGGCAUGGCACCGUCUACACAGUUGGCAGUAUUUUUAACACUAUUGAACAAGCUAGUGGUGCAAGUGUUGACUGGGCUUACAAUCGUGGCAUCAAAUAUUCCUUUGCUUUUGAGUUGCGUGACACCGGCAAAUUUGGAUUCCUCUUGCCUGCCGAUCAGAUUGUUUCAACGUCAAAGGAGACCUGGCUUGCUAUCAAAUAUAUUAUGGAAUAUGUUUGCAAUAAACUUUAAGAUGAAUUUGCAAUCUCUUGAAGUUUCUUAUAAAGCUCAAGGAUGCGUAUUGGUUACACGUACACCUGUGCUAAAUUACAAGAUAAGCAGAUGAAACAAACAAAUGGUUACUUAUUGUACUUACAUUUUAAUGUCCUCUCUUAUCUUUUAAAACACGUGUCAAAAAUAAAGGCAUACAUAUAAACAGCUUUUAGUCAUA